GCAUUUCACCAAUAGGAGCUGAAGCUACAAUGGACAGGGUUGAAGUUUCUUGAUCAAGAUAACUUAGUAAAAAUAACCAGUACUGUAGUGUGAACAUCUGCAGCCAGAACAAAAAUUCUCAUUGAAAUUUCUGUUCCAAUUAAUUGUACAAUGGCUCGCAGUGCUGGUAAACCGAGACCAGUAUCAAGCAUUUUGUUUUUUAUACUCAGCAUUACAACCGGUGCGUUAUGUCAAGGGCUCGUCUUUAAUUACUCCGUACCUUAUCAAGCCGUUAAGCUCGGAAAGAAGGUAAAACUAACCUGUUCCUUUGAACAUCCUGCAAAACCACAGACGUUAAAUGUCAUAUGGUAUAAAUUUGGAAAAGAACCCAUUGAAGCACAUAAGAUAUCGGGAAUAACAACUGGAAAUGGUGAGGCAUGUUCUUGGCUUUAUAUUUCGAAUGCAUCAAAAAAUCAUUCUGGGAUUUACUACUGCAAUUCUUCUUUGAAGAGCGAUUUAACUCAGCAGUGUGGUACAGAAAUUAAUGUGAUAACAAGAACCCUCCCGAAAGAAGAGCCAAAUACCAUGUACACAAUGAAGGAUAUGUUGAUUUUAAUUCAAGGUGUUCUGCUGAUCCUGUGUCUGACUUUGCCAGGAAUGUUGUUUCUGAAAAAUAAUCGAACAAAGAAGACCGAAGAAAUAGAGACGUACCAUAUGUAUGAGGGUUUGGAAGUUAUGCAGACAGCCAUGUAUGAAGAUAUCGGCAAUGUUAGACCUGCAGAUGCUAAAUGGACAGUUGGCGAGCAACCUAAGGAGUAACUUCCACAGCCACCUCCUUACUCACUUGUAUUAGGAACCCAUAACAAUGUUUCCCUGAACAAUAUUUUCGAAGAAAUAAUAUUACUGGUAUAAGAAUCAACUUGAAGAAAAUGAUCAAGAUGGCUCACAGAAGUGAUUGUGGUUCCCAGUCAACACUUCAGUCAAGUCUGUGUAUGAUACAGCAAUAUUAUAAGCCCUAACAUUUGCAGAUCACCCCUUGCCUAUCCACAAACAUGUAUAAAUUGUUUUGUUUGCCUUUAUAUUUUAAUAUUGGGAGGAUUUAUUUGAGGCUUAAUUGUGUGACGAGGUUAAUAAUUUUUUAAGAAAUAUUGGAGAUGUCUUUUGAUGAUUUAUAGAAAAAUUGUCUGUACAGUUUAAUCAAGGGGUUGAUAUACUUCAUCAACUCAGAGCUGUUAACUAACCACAUGUCACAUGUAGCAUAAUGGAUAGUCAGGAAAAUUAUCAAUAUAUGCACAGUGCAUUUGUAAUUGGUGCAUAUUAUGUCCAAAAUAAUGAAGCAUAUAGUACCAGUUAAACAUUUAUCCUUUGAUCAUUCUUAUUUUGUCAGCUAAGUGUAAAGUCUUCUAUUAGAUCAAGAUGAGAUAAUGUGCACAAUGGAGGAGACUAUUGGAGUAAAGAGAAGUAAUCAUCUUUUUCCAGAGAUCAAAAACUGGGGAAAAUUAAGACUUAUCCUGAUAUAAUUUGUACAAAUUUUCACCUGUUGUGAGGCAUGUUAUUAAAGACUUAAAGGGUUGAGGUGAUUCUAUAAUCUAUGUUAAAAAUCACACGACACCAGGUUAUAGUCCAACAGGUUUAUUUGCAAAUACUAACUUUCAGAUCGCUGUUCCUACGUCAGGUAACUAGUGGAGCAAGAUCACAAGACACAAAAUUUAUAGCACAAGAUGAUAGUGUCAUGCAACUGAUGUGAUCUAUUGGACAAACCUAGAUUGCUGUUAAGUCUUUCAUCUUUUCGAAUGGAUUGCAUGUUUUGAUUCUUUAAAAUGUAAAUCCCAAAACUACUUUCAAGUCACAUUCCCGAGAUAACUUAAGGUUUUGUUUAAUAAAAGCUGACAUCUCAGCUCAGGAAAUGCAUUAAAGAUGUGAAGUUACAGUCUGUCUGUGUCCCAAUCUUGAGUCUGACUGGUUCUAUCUCCAAAGUAGGAAUUAAAAGAUGAAAGAAUUAACAGCAAUCCAGGUUUGUUCAAUAUAUCGUACCAGUUGCAUGACACUAUAAUCUUGU